AGCGCUUCUUUGCUCGCUGCUUGACUCAGCACUCACGCCAUGGCGUGUGGGACAGGUGCAAGGCCAUGGCGAUCCGCACGCAAGAGGAGAUGUGCGAGCACUUCCUGCCCAUCCUCAAGGAGAAGGGCACACAUGUCAGAAAGAAGGGCAUGCGCCUCGCAAGGCCAGCCCGUCCAGGGGAGGAGGUGCUCACCAUUGUCAAUGGCGAAGUGGUAGCAAGGACGAAAGCCAAGCAAAGUGGCAGCAUGGUGAUCCGGCAGGAGUCUGCCGACCAUGAGUUCUACCUUCUUGAUCCAGAGAAAUUUGCCAAGAACUACGACACGGCGGGUGUUGAUAUCACCGAAGCAGGGCCCACUUUUGACCAGCUGCGACAGAGGAACUUCAAGUACUACCGUCGGAAGGGCGAGCUGCUCUUGUACCAGGUCACAGAGGAGGACAUGAGCUUUGUGACGGCUCGUAAGUUCCAGGUGGCCUUCAGUGCCUCGCCUGUACCUCUCAGCCUAGGCGAUUUCCUGGUCACGGCCUUGCCUGAGCUCUCCGAGAUCUGGGUAAGCAAGCAUUCGGUGAUCUACGAAGACGGGGGCCAACUUUCAAAGUCUCCUGGGGCCCGCUUGCAGGCGGAGAUGUGUGAGCACUUCGUUCCCAUCAUGAAGGACCACGGUCGCGUGCUCGAAAAGAAAGGCACGCGCCUGGCAAGGCCCGCCAUACGAGGUGAAGAGGUGCUGACCAUUGUGAACGGGGAGAUCAUGGCGAGGACACAAGUCACGGACAACACCAGCAUGGUUGUACGUCAGGAAUCCGCGGACCACGAGCUGUACGUCCUUUCCCUUGAGAAGUUUCAAAGCAGCUACGAGGAGACGGCUGGUGACGUGGAGGAAACAGAGAUGGGCUACAAGGAAUUCCGGGAGCGCGGCUUCAAGCCCUACUGGCGCAAGGGGCAGGUUCUCAUUUACGAGGUCACCGAGCAGGACAUGAGCUUUUUGCCCGGUGGCAAGUUUUACACCGCCUUCAGCCCGAUUCCGAUCACCAUCAAGCCCGGCUGCUUCCUGGUCACCGACUACCCCGGCUGCAAUGAGAUCUGGCUCAGCCGCAAUGCUGCUGUCUACAACGAUGGUCAAUUUCAAGGCCCUGGUGUUCGCACGCAGGAGGAGAUGCGGGACCAUUUCUUGCCGCUAAUGAGGCUCCGGGGCAUGAAGAUGCGGCGGGCCGGGCGGCGGCUGGCACGACCAGCUAGGAGGGGCGAGGAGGUGCUCACCAUCAUCAACGGUGAGGUCGUCACCAAGACAAUUGUCCUGGAUGACACCAGCAUGGUUGUUCAGGAAGAGUCCGUUGAUCGAGAGGUCUACGCCCUGGACGGCCAGAGCUUUGCAGAGACCUACCGCUUCGCCGCAGAGCUGCCCCGAAAGGGCCCGGAGUACGACGUGCUGCGAGCGCGAGGCUUCAAGAUCUACGAGAAGACGGCGGGCAUGUUCCUCGUGUACAAGGUCACUGAGGAAGAUAUGGACUUUGUGCCCAAGGGCAAGUUUCAGGUGCCUUUCAGCAUCGUGCCGCAGCCGCUGAGGCCUGGAGAUUACCUGGUGACACGAUUGCCAGAGAAGAAGGUGGUGUACUUGAGCCGCAACGUGGACCAAGUCUUCCUGUCUCGUGAGAACCUGGAGGUUCAAUUUGCCUUUGCGAGCCCUUUGACCUACAGCCCGCUUUGCAUCGAAGGGGAGCUGGAAGGACUCCGUACCGCGGGUGUGGUUGUGCGCCUCACCUGUGCCACCCGCGAGAACUUGGUUCGCCUCAAGGGUGCCUGGGCCUCAUCGCCCACGGUGCUGCACAUCUCUUGCCACACGGCGCUGCGGCGCAGCGAGCACAGUGUGGAGGUGGCUUCCAUCCUGGAAGAUUGUCGGGGUGCUGCCCACCCGGUGACACCGGAGGCUUUCGCAGACCUGGUGAUUGGCGGGGGCUCGGCGCCUCAGCUGCUGGUGGCGCUGAGCUGCCACUCUGAGGCGCUGGCACUGACGUGUUUGGAUCGUGGGGUACGACGUGCUGUGGCGGUGCGCGCGCAGAGCUCCUUGUUGGACUCCGCGGCUCGGGACUUCACCUUGACCUUCUACGCAGAGCUCCGGACACAUUGGAACGUGCAGCGCGCCUUCCUCAUGGCUCUGGAGAGCAUGAGAGCGUCCAGGGAGCCGGGCGUUGCUGGGGAAGCGGAGAAGCUGGUGUUGCUGCCAGAGGGUGCCCCCGAGUUCGAGCUGGGCGGUCAAGCCUGUGUGCUGGGCUUGCCAGAGGACAGCCCACCGGAGAUGGAUAAGACCAUUGCAGUUCGAAUGCCCUUCAGCGCCGGCGAGGUGGCAGUGGGGGCGCUGGAGCAGAGCCGGCUGGAACGGCUUAGCGAACUGCUACCGCACAGCCGGGGCUUGUUUAUCAGCCAAGCGCUGGCUGGCUUCUCUAGCUACCGUGCCUUGAAGGUGUCAGGCGAGACACCUGCAGAUUUGCAGGAUUUUGCUGCGGCAUUGGUGCGAUUUGCAUGCUACCCUGGUGGAAGGCUUUUUCCUGGCGGCGCGGUUGUGGUGAAAAGUGAGGUGCAAGGCGGUGUGCUUUCGCAGCAGCAGAUGUGCGACAUCUUUCUGCCCAUCAUGAGGAGCCACGGCACGCUGGUUCGCAAGAUGGGCCGUCGUCUUGCUCGGCCAGCUCUCCGCGGUGAGGAGGUGCAGACGAUCAUCAACGGAGAGUGUGUGGCCAAGACAGUGGUGACUGACGACAGCAGCUAUGUCAUUCAGCAGGAUUCUGUGGACAGAGAGCUUUAUGUGCUGAGUGAGGAGAAGUUUGAGAGGAACUACGAGCUGCCUGGCUUUGACAUCUCCGAGAAGAGCCCAGAGAGUGACUUGAUGAGGCACUUGUCGCGUGCAUCUGAAAAUUACCUCGAACUCCUUUUAAUGUGAUUUAAGCUGACUCAUUGUUGAAAUCAGCUGGCCAAGCUUCAAGCAUGGCUCCCUGCAGCUAAAAAAGACGUGGGAUUGUGAAAUAACCCCGCGCCUGAAUUGUGCUUGCUUCCAAAACCUUGCAAACCGACAAGAGU